AUGAACGAGAACUUCCAAGUACUUCGGGCGCCGCUUUUCGUCGCUUCACGUCCGGCAGACCGGCCAGUCGGCCAUGUUUUGGUAGUCAGUGAUGUGGUCUUGGAACUUGCAUCCAAAUCACAGACAUCCAUCUGUUCUCACGGGGGUGUUUCCUGGUGUGAUCUUAUAGGACUCGAGGAUAUCAAGUGA